AUGGCGUCCUCAGACCUGAGAGCGGAGCUGGAUUGUCCUGUCUGUCUGAACAUUUAUAUGGAUCCUGUUCUGUUGAGAUGUGGACACAACUUCUGCCGGGUCUGCAUUGACCGUGUGUUUGAUACCCAGGAGGGGUCUGGAGGUUAUUCCUGUCCUCAGUGCAAGGAAGAGUUCCAGAACCGGCCUUUACCGUACAGAAAUAUAUUACUGCAAGACAUCACUCAACGUUUCCUGUCUCCACCAGAUCCAGAGAAGUCCGGGAUCUCCUGUACUUACUGUAUUCACUCCUCUGUACCCGCUGUGAAGUCCUGUCUGCAUUGUGAGGCUUCUCUAUGUGGUGACCAUCUGAGAGUCCACAUCAAGUCACCAGAACACGUGUUAUGUGUCCCCACCAGCACCCCGGAGAACAGGAAGUGCCCCGUCCAUAAGAAGAUCCUGGAGUAUUACUGCACCGAGGACUCUGCUGCUAUCUGUGUCUUCUGCAUUAUAUUCGGAGAACAUCGGGGACACCAGGUGGAGACCUUGGAAGAGACCUUCAUAAAGAAGAAGAAGAAACUGACAUAUAAUCUGGAGAAACUGAUUACUAAGAGAGAGGAUACAGAAGAAAGAGUCCGGAGUCUGCAGGAACACCUGGGAAGUGUACAAGGCAAAGCAGAUGGAGAAACAGAGAGAGUCACUGGCCUGUUCAGAGACUUCAGGAGACGUCUGGAAGAUCUGGAGAAGAAAGUCCUGGGUGAGAUCUCCAGGCCUGCAAAGCGGAUCUUACGCCCAGUCAACGAUCUGAUCCAGAAGUUGGAGUCAAAGAUGGAGGAUCUGUCCAGAAGGAUUCAUCCCUUAGAGGAGCUGUGCGCCAUGAUGGAUCCGUUGACCGUCCUACAGGAACCAGACACAUGUCACUUGUGUGAUACCGAGGAUGGAGAUGAGAAGGACAAAGAGAGACAUGAGAAACUCCUCCAUGAUGGAGGGGAUCUGGACGUGGAUGGGGUCUCACAUAUGAUCAGCACAGGUUUAUCGAAUAUAAUAAGUGGUGUAAUUGGAGGGACCUUCAUAAAGAAAGCUGUAGACAUAUUAUUGGAUGAGGACACGGUUCAUACCAAUGUAACUAUCUCAUAUGACAAGAAGUCGGCAACCAACACAGGUCCAUACAAGCCUGGCCCGAUAACUGAGAAGAGAUUUAAGAAUUAUAAUCAAGUUUUAGGCAGUCAGAGUUUCUCCUCAGGGAGACAUUACUGGGAAGUAGAUCUCCAGAGAUCCAAUAACUGGAUUAUCGGGAUGUGUUACGCCAGUAUAGAGAGGAGUGGCGUAAACUCCUUGGUUGGGAGGAAUGACGUGUCCUGGGGUUUGGGCAGGAAGGGUCCAAAAUAUAAAGUAGUACAUGAUAAAAAGGAGACCGUGCUGAGUUAUAUUGUUCCUGGUAAGAGAGUCCGGGUAUAUCUGGAUUAUGAGGCCGGACAGAUCUCCUUCUAUAUGGGGGCCCCCCUCUGCCACCUCCACACCUUCACCGCCACCUUCACCGAGCCCCUCUAUGCCGUGUUGGGUGUUUGGUGUGCACAGAUAUCAUUGGAUUGA